AUGGGGCAUCAAACCAGCCACUCUCGAUCUUGGAAGCCGCCGUCCCUGAAGAAUGCCAAAUCAUUCUUGAUCAAGUUAGUGCACUUGCACCCCACAGCACCACACAAAGCAGAUGAACCGCCGCCGGACGAUCAAGCGCCGCACGGAGAACUUCAGCAGGAGGGACCUCAAGAUGACAGGACCAACAGUCUGCCUCCAGCCUACGAAGUAGCAGUUCAAACGCCUUCUCACCUGCCGGGUCAUGGUCAGAUAGAAUCAUCGCAUGAUCUGCAAGAACCAACUGGCAGUUUGCAAGAAUCACUGAGUUCCUCGUCGAUUAUGAGGGAAUCUGUAGUUAUGGAAGAUACGUCUGUAGUGAUGGAAGAUACGUCUGUAGUGAUGGAAGAUACGAGCGGAACCAGUUCCAGUGCCAGUUCCUCAACCAAUCUUCCGUCAUCCGCCAUACAAUCCACCAGCUUGAUGCCAACUCCUCACAAUCGCGAAGAGAUCGAAUCACUGGCAGAUCGAAGACUUCUCAGGCCAAGCUCAAGUCGACAAAGUUACAGCAGUAACAACCCUCGCCCAAGCAAGAGAAGGUUCACGAAAGCCUCUUCUAUCAGUACUCUUAAUUCUCAUCGAAAUGCUCACGAUGGCCGCUCAGGUUCUCGCAGAGAUCGAGAACUGAUCGCUGCCAAAAAGUCUUUGCCUAUUUUGACCAAAUUUGGCAAACCGAGCACCAGCUAUAAAAAUGCACCUCUCCUUUGA